AUGAGCAACGGUUUGAACUCGACGGCCCGUAAACGAGCAGCACCACCUGCACAACACCCAUCUCCAUCAAAAACACCACGUACUGAAAGCAUAAUUCAUAUUGAUAAUACUUCAAGUGCCUCGUCAUCUACAAAUCGCCUUGAUUCUCCUGUUACAAUUUGUCCAGCUCCAGCACCUAUCGAUACGCAAAAUCUAGCCACCUUUAUGUUCCAUCGAUUACUAGCAAAUAUUCCACAGCAAUUACCUUCCAUGCCUCCAACACCGUCAAAUUGUUCACAAUAUGAAUAUCCUCCUGUCAGACUUCAACCAUUACAACGUUUGGUAUCAUUUUAA